UUACAAAUCAACUCGGGUUGUUGGUUACUGCCGAGCGGCGUGGCGAGAGCAAGGAGCGGCCCGGCAGCUCUCAUUCAUCCGACAACAAAAACACUCUGAAAUCGAGAAACACCUCAGACACAAACCGACAGAAACCCGCCAGGAUGCCGUGUCGGAAGGAGAACUACAUCUUUCUGGAGCAGUCCGUCACCGUCGACUCCAAAGAGGUGGACGCACUGGUGACGAAGAUCGGCGAAGCGCUGCAGCUCCACAACAACAGCGGCGGACACCAGAAGACGGUGUCCGUGUCUAUGUCCUGCCUGCACGGGCUCACCGGCAGCAGCGCCGGCGGAGUCAAACCGGCGGCUCUCAUCAGCGGCAACGCUGGAGCUCCUGGAGCGCAGAAACGCCGCGGCUGCUGCAUGCGGCUCCGGGGACACCGGGGGAGCAGCCGGGCAAGCCCGUAUCGCAUCCCCGGAUCUAGCGACCAGGAGUGGGACCAAAUUAAACCGUGGAACAAAAAUAGGAUGAACGUGGAGGAUGACGACCCGCACCGGUUGCUCCAGGAGUUAAUUUUAUCGGGGAACCUGAUCAAAGAGGCCGUGAGGAGGCUGCAGUUCUCCGCUGCGGACUGUGGAGAUUUCCCGCAGGCGGCGGCGGACAAUGUGCCGUGCUGAUCUCCACCCGGAUGAACACACACACAUAAAAAACUGAGACUAUACAGUCACACAACGGACAUUUUCAAAAUAAAUUUAACAGGACUGGUAGCUAUGUUUUCUAAUUUCAUCCAUUUUCAUCGAUUUGUCCGUAACGUCUGUUACGUUACGUCAGCUAGCGGUUAGCUAGCAGUUAGCCGAGCUAACGAGCCGUGUUGUUUAUGUUUGAAUGUCUCCUUGCGGGUCGGACGUUAGCGGGGAUGCAGUGGAGAUACGAGCCACCAAACACUCACUUUACCGACCUUUUUCAUUAUUGCAUUAGCCAGCGAGGAGAUGUUUCACGUUUUCUGACGGCUAAUGCUACUAUUUUUAAGGUGUAAAAUGAAAAUACACAGCACAACGGAGCAUCUUUGUGUGUGUGUGUAACUCUGUGAAUCCUGACAUCCUUUAAACAGCGAGUCUUCUUUUCUAAUUGAAGGUUGGCAGUGAACAAUGGCAGGAUUGUAUGUGAUAGUUUUAUUUACCACUGCAUCCCUGAAUUUGUUCAUGUUGUGUUUUUUUUGGAGGGGGGGGGGGAGGUUUUCUCAUGGCUGAAGUGUAAACUAGCCAUUCCUAUUAUUGCAGUGAGGGAGGGGGGAAGGGGGGGUUAGUAGUCCAUUUUGUUUACAAUCUUUAAUGCUGGGUGUUAAAAAGACGCUGCACAGAGAAGAGAAAGGAAGUGCUCCCUCCCUUUUUAUUUCAUCUCAUUUCACUGGUUUACUCAACCUCAACCAGACUAACCAGUGAAAUGAGCCUCAUGGUAUCAUAAUAAUAUUUCAGCCAGAACACGGCACAUGAUUUGAUCCCAGGGUCUCUCUAGACCACACACUUCAUCUCUGUUAAAGGCAGCUCCACAUUUCUCUUGUAAACAUUUUUUUUUUCUAAGGGGAACACAGUCAUCAAACAUGUGGAGGAGCAGGGAGGAGAGGAGAGGGGGGGGGGCAUGGGAAAGAAGACAAAACACGCCCUUUUCCCACAGGGCUUUGGGUGAUGUGUAACUGUUUGUUUGUAAUGCUUUUUGGGGGUGGUGGGGGGGCGGGGGGGGGGGAAAGGUCGACCGUCACAUGACAACACUUUUGUGGUGCUCUUCACCUUUUUGGGAAUUCCCGACGAGGAGUUCAGUUCGUUUUUUAAAACUUGUUUUCUCUCUGUGUAAAGAAGAAUCACCUCGACUGCUUCGUAACGAAGUAUCUGAUAAUGUUCCUGAGUAUUCAGGGCCUUUUUUUGUUGUCUUAAUAAACACAGUUUGUUUUUCCAAA